UAGAAAUAAUUUGAUUUUGUAAUUAUUCACUAUUGUUAGUCAAUUAUAACACACAUGUUUUUGUUGGUUAUUUUAUAAUUGAAUUCUUGUACCUUUAUAUCUAUCUUUUUUUCACCUGUAUUUCGACAUAUACGUGUAUAUAUUUAAGGUUAAAGCAUAAAUUACUGGUAUUAUUGCUAAACAGUUAAAAUGGCAGAGGCAGCAAUGGAUAAUUCUGGCAGACUUGUAAAGAUGGAGGUAGAUUAUAGCAGUACUUGCGACAUAAAAAUUCCAGAAUGCAAGAAACUAGCUUCCGAAGGAAAGCUACAUGAUGCCUUGGAUCAAUUGUUAGCUUUAGAGAAACUUACUAGAACUGGUGCCGACAUGCCAUCAACAUCCAGACUUCUUAUAGCUAUAGUCGAAAUUUGUUUGGAAGCAAAAAACUGGUCAGCGCUCAAUGAGCAUAUAAUUUUAUUGUCAAAGAGGCGCUCUCAACUUAAACAGGCUGUUACAAAAAUGGUUCAAGAAUGUUGUACUUACAUAGAUAAAAUGCCUAAUAAAGAGACCACGGUGAAAUUAAUAGAAACUCUUCGUUCAGUUACAGAAGGAAAGAUAUAUGUAGAAGUAGAAAGAGCAAGACUUACUCACCGUUUAGCUAAAAUAAAAGAAACAGAGGGAGACGUUGCAGGCGCUGCAACUGUAAUGCUUGAAUUACAGGUGGAAACAUAUGGCAGUAUGUCACGUCGAGAAAAAGCUUCCCUCAUCUUAGAACAAAUGAGACUUUGUUUGGCAAAACAAGAUUUCAUGAGAACUCAAAUUAUAGCAAAGAAAAUUAACGUUAAGUUCUUCACUGAUGAGAACGACGAAGAAACUCAGGCAUUGAAAUUAAAAUACUACGAUUUAAUGAUGGAAUUGGCACGUCAUGAGGGUUGGCAUUUGGAGUUGUGUCGGCAUAACCGAGCAGUACUGGAAACUCCGACAAUUCGGGACGAUCCGGAAAAAAAACAUAUCGCGCUUUCUCGAGCAGUUCUUUAUCUUGUACUCGCACCACACGAGCCUGAACAGGCUGAUCUAACUCAUAGACUACUCGCUGAUAAACUCCUCGAUGAAAUACCUACUUACAAGGAAUUGUUGCGCUUAUUUGUUAAUCCCGAAUUGAUAAAAUGGUCAGGAUUAUGUGAAAUUUAUGAAAAAGAUCUCAGAUUAACUGAAGUCUUUUCUUCUUCGACUGAAGAAGGAUCCAAACGAUGGGCAGAUCUACGAAAUCGUGUUGUAGAACAUAAUAUAAGGAUUAUGGCCAAAUAUUACACUAAGAUUACAUUAACUCGUAUGGCUGAGUUAUUAGAUCUUCCAGCUGAAGAAACAGAAGCAUGUCUUUGCAAUUUAGUAGAGACUGGAGUGAUCAGUGCUCGUACAGAUCGUCCAGCUGGUGUAGUCCGUUUUACAGGCACACAAGAGCCAGCUGCUCUUUUAGAUACAUGGGCUGCAUCAUUAUCGAAAUUGAUGGGCCUUGUGAAUCAUACUACACAUUUAAUUCAUCAAGAAGAAAUGUUGGCCGUUGCGCAAUCUUAAAAUUGAUAUAUUUAUAUAUGACGUUCGUGUAUAUCGUAUCUCUCAUGUUAUCCGUUUUAAUUUUAUUUCCAUUCAGUAAUAGCAUAUUAUUAUUUAGAUUUAUUAACAAAACAACCAGAGUUACGAUUUUGGAUUGUAAAAACAUUGUUUAUAUUUUUGUGUAUUCGGUAUGUAAUUCACGCACAUACACAUGCACGCACGCGCGUACAGUUAUUAUAUUUAAACAAUAUCAAAAAUAUAAUUCAUUCAAUAUGAAGCUAAAACUAUACUAUUGCAAAUCAAUUUUUUCUAUUGAUCAUUUAUUUUAAUGUAGUACAAUAAAAAUAUAAAAUUUAUAUGUUUGCACAAAAUAGUUUAUUAUAUCCGAUGUAUAUCGUUGGAGAUUAAAACUAAUUCAUAA